UUACCGUUUGCGAAAUGAGAUGGCGUUUGAGAUACUCGUUCAUCUUUCUACAAACUCUUCUCGCCAACUUAAUGAUUGGUAUCCUUAGGGCGACCAAUCAUGCGUCCACACGCUCAACAUCGAUCAAGGAAGUAAAUGUGGGCGUCCUCCUACCUGUUCUUGAACUACAAGACCAAGUAUUUGACCAGCCUAUUCGAGCCGUACAGAUGGCCUUCGACGAGAUUAACAAGAAACCCAACGAAUUGGGAAUCUUGCCGAACACUCGAGUUAAUGUCGUCGUCAACACGACCGGCUACCAUCGGUGGCAAGCAAUUGAAGCAGCUCUAUGGCAAGUAAACGUAGCGAAAGUCGUCGCGAUUAUUGGCGGAGCGGAUGCGUCGCAAGUGAAGGUCAUUUCUCCAGUGGCGAAAGAAGCCAGCGUUCCACUCGUGUCUCCGUCAGCAGUAGAAUACGAACUUGACUCGGAGACUCUCUAUCCGACGUUCUUGCGAGUCGGAGCUCCUGAUUCUCGGUUGGGCCUCGUCGUCAAGGAAGUUCUCGAUCAGUUCAGUUGGACUAGAGUGGCCGUCAUUCAUUCGGACGACGAUUAUGGCAUUAACGGAGUUCGAUAUGCCGUCGACACUGCAAGGAUACUUGGAUACGACGUGAAGACUGUCUACUUGCAAGAGCCGCAUGGUCCCCAACUCACGAGUUCCGAAGUAAGCGACAUUAUUAGUUUGAAAGAGAACGAUUACCGUAUUUUUCUGGUCGUUCUGCACGUGGGAGAGGAAGCGGCUGUGCUGAGAGUUGCUGCAGAGCAGGGGAUGUUUGCUGCAGGUUAUGCGUGGGUACUUGCAUAUUGUAACUAUGGUAGCGACCUUCUUCCGCAGUCUGGAAUGGAUGGAAUCAUUUGUAUUAGGCAGCAGAUGAAUGAAACAGCCGCAGAAAUCCUGUGGGAGACCAUGCAGAGCUCACAAUACAGAGGACGUGAGACAAGCAUGUGGCUCGAUUCAAUUCAUGCAUACAAUGCCGCAAAUGCUAUUGCACAAGCUCUUCAUAUUGUUUUCCAAUCUAACGAUAGUGACAGUGAUGAUCGGUUAGAUGAAGAUGUACGAGGUGGUGAUAAUCCUGUUUAUCGACCAUCUCCGUCACCUGUAGGAAGUCAACUUCUGAGUGUCUUGAAAACGCAAAAAAUAUUUUCUGAUCAGACCGGAACGUUUCAUGUAGACAUCAGAGCCAUAGCCGUUGACUAUGCUUACCUCAUCUACUACAACAAAACGUUUCUCCAGUUUGCAGAAUACAAGAACAAUUUGUUUAGUCUCUCUUCAAAGUCAUACAAACAGAUUGUUCGUUUCCCUGGAGAUCAAACAAUUGUACCAUUGGAUAAACCAUCCGAACGACACAACAUGCUGAAUGUAUUAGUACCAAUCUCUUAUCCUUUCACAGACUACAUUGACAAGACAACUCAUGAAUCGUGUGUAGGUCGUAAUGAUCACUCAAACUGUGAAUUCAUUGGGGUUGCCAUUGAACUGAUACUCAGUGUCACAAACCGAAUGGGUCUCAGUGUUAAUUUCACCCUUUGGACAGACAGCUGGAAUGAUUUGGUGAAGGAGGUUGGGAGGAAAGCUUCAGAAUACGACAUUGCUGCUGGCAGUGUUACUUUGACUUCCCUUCGCGCCCAACACGCCAGAUUUUCCAGUAGUAUCUAUGACUCGGGUCUUCGAAUUCUCAUACUCCGACCUGAAGUCGAAGAACAAGGAUUCUUUGAAUUCUUUAAACCAUUCAGCUGGUCAGUCUGGUUGUUAAUUAUCAUUACCCUUCUUUCAACAUCUGGUGUGAUGCUUUAUCUUGAUCCUAAAGCAGUCAAUACACGUCAAGAGCAAGAACAUUCACAUGACGAGGAAGAAUAUCCGCUUUUACUUAGUGGUGGCAAAUGGAGUGAUCGGUUUCAUCUGUAUGCAGAUGCUGUGUAUUUUUCUGCUUGCACUUUCUUUGCUGUUCACCGAGUGGACAACAUAAAUAAAUUAUUUUCUCGGGUUUAUAUUGUUGUGCUGUGUUUCUGGGUGCUCAUCAUGGUGUCUGCCUACACAGCUAACAUGGCAGUCUUUCUCACACACAAGCAUGCAACUCAAGAUAUUCGUAACUACAAAGACUUGGCAAAUGUGCCCGUAGGCUGUAGAUCUGGAACAUCUAAUUGGGACUACGUCAACAACGAGUUGUCACUAAAGAUGGUCGUUGAUGUCAAGGAUGGACACCAUGCAGUCAAGUUACUAAAACUUGGACAAAUCAAAGCCUAUAUUGCCGAUACACCUCAUGUACUGGGUCUAGCAUCAACAGACUGCAGUCUUGUGGUUGUUGGGCCACAAGAACAACACCAGAAAUAUGCCUUUCCCAUGAACCCAAGCAUGGCGUAUCACUCUCAAAUCAAUAAAGCUAUACUAGAAACAGUUGAGCAGGAGUUCGUUAUGAAAACGUUCAAUCGUAUUCUCAAUAACUCGUGCCCUCAAGAGCAACAGGAAGACGACAUCCGGCCCAUCACAUUGGAUGACAUUGGUGGCCUUUUCAUGUUAGCAGGUGCUAUGGGGGUCACGAUUGUGUUCUUGAAAGUGAGCCUGUUAGUCUGGCGUCGGUGCUUAAAAUCAAUGAGGGAGAGAAACAAACGCAAGAGAAAGCAGAACAGUGUGGUGUUGGACAGUGGGAUUUCUGGCACAUACAGUGGGAUACACUAUGCAAAAGUAGAAGACGAUUCAGACUAGUAUAUUUAGAGCUGAUAGAGGACUGCUACUGUUUGCACUCCACCAUUUGUAGUGUCAAUACACAAUUGUAGAAUACGCAAGAAGCUAUCAUUACAAUCAGGUAACUCGAAUCCUCUCAAGGGUAAUUGUUAAGUCUUUUCGUCAGUGAAUUUACACAUGAUCAAAGUCCAGUCUCUGUAGCCAUCUUUGUUAGUUAAACUUGUCAACAGAAUUGGCCUGUUUGCUUUUACAUCUAUAUCAAACAGCUUGUUUACACCCAUCUCAUUGCUACAAGGCUGUUAGGUGUGAGGU